CAAUUGGCAGCAGGGGUGAAGCCGCCUGGCGAGCGUUUGCCUGUGCCAGAAACCCUUCGAAUCUCAACCGCCAACCUGGUGGGGGAGGGGGGAGAAAGAUGGAGCGCGAGUCUGUUGACGCUUCCUCAGCCGCCUGAAGCGAAGACAGCGGAGAGGGCUGAAGAGACUCCUGCUGGGAACACCCUCCCGCCUCACCUGGGCCCGCCAGCCGAAAUGCAGGAUAACAACAUUUUCCGUGAGCAUGAGAUAUGGAAAAUUUGUGUUUGGUGAAAACUGAGCAAGACACGUCUUCUGCAGAUACCAGUAUCAGAAAUGCUCACAACUCUUUUGGCUGUGAUUUGAGUAAUAACAGAAGUGGUUCCUUGCCAAGCCCAAAUGGCAUCUCCAGUUUCUCGGGGAAAGACAGCCCUGCCGUAAUACCUGGCGAGGUUGAUCUGCUGACCUCUUUUGUGCGAGACACUCAAAGGAGUGGUGACUGUGAAAUAUUGAAGAGCUGUGAGGCAAGGUGGUUACAUUUCUUCAGACUGGUAGAAAAGCAAUGCCAAGAACAGAUUGUUGCCCAGCAGAAACACUUUUACCAGCAAAUACAUCACAUCCAGAAUGACAUCAGGCAGUUGGUGAAACUGCAGAGCCAGAACGCCUGUUCAUGUGCACAGCAAAGCUCUUUAGCCAAGCGUGGAAACGCUUCUUUUUUGCUAAAAAAUCCGAUGGGGUUGCAGUCUGAAAACUUUGAAGAAAAUGAGCUCUCCGUCCAUCAACUUAAUGCUAACGAAGCUGAGAACCAACUGGAAGCUUCCGCUUCAUCCGGGCAGCACGGGUUUCUCACGAACAGUGUUUCGAUGAGCAGUGGGUAUGGCACCUGUUCCGCCACAGAACUGAGUCCUGUCAAGGCUAAAGACAUCCGGGGGUGCAUGGAAAAUACAGGGGGGGUCACCAAUGGACAGGAUAGUGUAGCGUCAACACAGAAGGUGUCAGUCACAGCCAUUGCUCAAUGUAAAAAGGAGUUCACAUAUACAACUAUAGAACAUGGUUUACCACCAAAGGAUAACGUUGGUUUUCCUGCUGAAUCUGAGCUUGAGAUUAGUGAAGGUCAGUGCGGAAGAGCAGGCUGUAAAUCUUUCACAUCAUGGGCUCAAAGGCUUAAACAAACCCAGCUGAAAAGAAUAAAUGUGGAGGAAGAAGAAGAAGAGGUGCACUCUGUGGAUGGGAAAGAGCAAACAAAGACUCUAACAUUUGAGAAUGUGAGUGCUGCUCCAUCAUCUUUUUACCUCAGUCAACCAAAUGGAAGUCAGAAUUCAUUGGUGUCCGAUGUUUCAGGACUGACGUACUGGAAACUAGAUGAAAAGGAGAUGUACCUCUCUUUGCCUGAGAACUUCAGGAAUGAAUUUAAUAUAUUUCCAGCAACGGUAUCCUCAGAGCAGUCUUCUUCUGCCGAUGAAGUGAAUCCCUCCUCCUUAAAGGAAAUUUAUCACAAGAAACAAAGGGAAAGCAAGCAGCUUGCAGACUGGAACCUUUCGCCCUCGCAGUCCACUCACCCUCCCGAGAUCCUGACGCUAGACCCAACGCUGCACAUGAAGCCAGGCCAGCAGAAUCCAGCACUUCCCCCCCACGGCUUUUACGGGACCCCUGAGGAGUCUCCUCUCUCCCCAGACUCCAUGGCAGAUCCAGCUUUUUCCAUUCACUCCAACCCAGAUUCAUUUUCGCACAUGAGUGCUGUCACGUCACCUCAACCCACCAGCUCUCCAAAAUAUGCUUCUAGUGCAAUUGCUUUGCAGGCGGACACCUGGAACAGCCGCCCUUUCCGGAACAAAGUGGAGGACACUGGCGGUUCUUAUCCAGCUAUGUUUUCUCACCUAAGUCUUCAGAUUUCAAACCCCGAGGAUGAAGACAAUUUAACUCUAACAUCAUCUUCAUCUGCACAGUCCCAGUUUCCCUCUGCUGACAAUAGUUUAGCAGAUUACAGUGUUUCACUGACAUGCGCAGAAGACCCCGUGAUGCUGUCCAAAACUAUGGGCAUCCAACAGAGUGCAAGGGAGUCUGAUGUGCUUUUAAUUUCAACAAACAGGAUCAGGCAGAAUUUGAGGGAAAAACAUGCCCGUCACAUCGCUGACCUGCGAGCUUAUUACGAUUCAGAAAUCCAAAGCUUAAAGCAGCAGCUGGAGACAAGCCAUAAACUUCCUUCUGAAGACCUGAAGAAAAUUAAUCAAAGUCUUGCUGACAGAUGUGAUCUAUUACAGGCAACACUGAACGACACUAAUAAUCGUAUGCGAGCCCUUGAAAAUAAGAAUAACGCUUUGGAGAUGGAAGUGACAGACUGGAGGGAGCGCUUCUCCAUUGUCAGCAGCACAACCAAGGCCUUGCAGGAGCAGGUUGAAGAGGUGCACGCCGGCAGCAAAGAGAAAGACAACACCAUUAGCCGUCUGAAGAGGAGGCUCAAGGACCUGGAAGAAGCAUUUGAAAAAGCCCACAAGCUCUCCGAUAACAAAGAGGCCAGGCUCAAGGCGGAAAACAAACUGUUUCAAAAUCUUUUAGGAGAAUACGAGUCUCUUGGGAAAGAACAUGAAAUGGUUAAGGACACGUUAAAUAUAACUGAGAAUAAACUGAUUGAUGCACAUGCUCAGAUCUCUGAUUUGAAAAGAACAGUCUCAAAACUGGAAGCUCAGAUCAAGCAGGUGGAACAUGAGAACCUGCAAAAAUUUCGACACCUUGUAGACAGUCAUUUGAAGACAGCUUCUGCCAGCAAACGCACAAACUCUGAUGUCAGCAGAAGGAAAUGGCUGAUACCUGGCGCAGAAUAUUCCAUUUUCACGGGCCAGCCUUUAAUAGGUGACGAGAGUCCCAAAGAUAACAGGCUAGAAGAUGCAUAUACUGCUUACAGGCACAAUUCUCCUCCAGAAAAGGACUUCUCUUCUGAUCCCUCACUUACCUAUGAAACAGAAAAAGAAGAAAGGGAAAUGCCAGAAGCACCCAUAUUAAAAGCUGUUAAAGAACUUGAAGAAAGGAAGGCAUCGAAAAAUUGGGGCACUCAGGCAGAAAAGGAGGGGGCGGCUCCCACCGGCAAAUCAACCAGCCGACGCCUGACCGUUGGAUUUGAUGAAGCCUCACUCACUGCCAGUCGGUCCCCGGAGAAAGGCAAAGACCAACACAGGCACAAAAGAUACAGCUCACCUUGUAGCCAAAGGUCCUCAUCUCUCCCCCCUUCCAGUAGGAAGUCAAAUGCUCCAAACACUCCAACCAGGAGAGAGAUAAUGCUGGCUCCAGUUGCUGUGACAUACAGCCCAAAACGGUCUCCAAAAGAGAACCUGUCUCCAGGAUUUAGUCACUUGCUCAGCAAAACUGAGAACACCGUGACAAGGUUUGAUGUCCUCCUGGAUGAGCUGGAAAAUGCUCCACCUGCAUCGCAAUACAGCAGCCCGCGGAAGAGGCUUCAGUUUCUUUCCGUCGGUGACACAGAAGGAACUCAGCAUCACAGCCCAGGCAAAGAUGGCCAUGCGAUGUAUUCCCCUUAUGCUGAUUCUUUGCACGCCGGAGCUGAGAGAGGCGCAUGGGGAGAAGACAGCACUGCGCAUGCGAGUGAGGCACUCCUGCCUUCAACAGCACCAGCUUAUGGGGCAGAUUUCAAAUAUGUUUCAAGGAUCAAGACGCUGGCAGAAACGGAAAAACUCUUUGACGAGCUCACACACGAAAAGCAACAGAUUGAGGCCCAGUUAAGCCGGAUACCUGGUACAGGAGGGAGAACGACUCUGCAAGCAAGGUUAAAUCAGGAAGCCUUGGAAGAUCGCCUGGAAAGAAUCACUAGAGAACUGGGAUCCAUCCGCAUGAUCUUAAAGAGAUUCCAUGUUUUGCGUACCUCUGCAAAUACCUGAGAUGUCUCUAUUUAAAUUCCACAUGUUCUUUCGUUUGCACUAAAGUCUAGUAAUUAUGCACUCUGGAAAUGCAACCCGUUUUGUAUUUUUGUAAAAAACAACAACCCAACCCUCCAACCGUUAUGCAAUCAUGUUCCCCUUUACACACAGCAAUAUUUUGUAUUGAACCACAUAUAUUUUAAAACCUAUUUUUCUUACACCUGAAGGAAUCAAACUGUCAAUCCUGUAUUUUGCUACUUUUGAAGACGUGUUAAUAGGUUUUUUCCCCCUGAAAAUGAGGGACAUGAAUUCUUUGUAAGAACUGAAAAACAGAGGCAGCUUGUUUUCAAAGGAUCAUCAUGUCGAAAUUGUUUUUGGCAGUGCCCUCUGCUCAUCAUUUUUAUAGAGCAACAACCUGUAUUGUAAAGUAAGGUACGAUGAAGUAUUGUGUUUUUUAUUUCCACUGAAUGUGACACACAGCUUCUUGUUGUGACGUGAGCUCCAGUGUGAGAUUCAUAUUUUGUAUCUCGUUUCACACACUUGUUUCCGUUUCAGUAUUUUCUAGAGGAAAGCUAUUUUAAAUAUUGUAUUCACAAAAUGAAGCAAAUGACAUUAUUCCCUCUUCUUUUUUAAAAAAGUGUUUUUAUUUUGCAUGUUUGCUGCAGGAGCAUUUCAUUAAAACAUCAUUGACAAAAGUGAAAAA